AUGGCAUUCCUCAAAACCCUAAACCCUCUCCUCCGCCGGACCCGCACCCUCCCGAAUCCGAGCUCGCCCCUCUCCCACCACACCUUCUCCGCCCCUUCCCGCACCGCCGCCCCGCCCUUCGCCGCCUCGGCUGCUUUCCGCGCCAGCCCCCGCGGACCGCUAUUCCUCCCCUCCGCCCCAUGGAUGCCCUCGCAGUCCCCCAGGCCGUUCACCGCCGCCGCCGCCGCUUUCCGCGCGAAGCCCCACAGGGCUCGCGCCGUUGCCGGCGGCGGCGCGCAGGCCGUGGCGGACGCGGUGCGGUGGGAGCCCAAGCGGGUCUACGGAAGCGAGGCUGCGGACGAGGGUGCUGCUGGACGCGAGAGGUUCCUGAAUCUGCCCAAUUUGGUGUCGCUCGGGCGCAUGGCGUCGGGUCCGCUCAUUGGAUGGAUGAUUGUGAAUGGAUGGUAUCUUCCUGCUUUUGGCACACUAGCUUUGUCUGGUGCUAGUGAUUGGUUGGAUGGGUUCUUAGCAAGAAAGAUGGGCAUCAAUUCUGUAAUUGGAUCAUAUCUGGACCCGUUGGCUGACAAGGUAUUGAUUUGCAGUGUCGCCGUAGCUAUGGUUGAAAAGGAGCUCUUACAUCCUGGCCUUGUUGGCCUGGUGGUUGUAAGAGACUUUCUCCUGGUGGGUGGUGCUUUCUACAAACGAGCUUCGAGCCUAGGAUGGAAGUGGAACAGUUGGUCAGACUUCACCAACUUAGACGCAAUUCACCGUGAGAAGGUUGAGCCCCUAUUCAUCAGCAAGGUGAAUACAGUAUUCCAGUUGAUGUUGGUUGCUGGUGCGCUCCUUCAGCCAGAAUAUGGCACAGAAGAGACUCAGAAUUAUAUUACAUACUUGAGCUGGUUGGUAGCUACAACAACAAUGGCAUCCACCGUAGGUUAUGGUGUGAAAUACUAUCAGCUCAGACCGAGACGAUGACUGUUAUUGCCUGCAUUUUUUCUUCUUGAUGCCUGAUUGUGCUGCUGCUAGUGAGAGCAUGUCUUCGGCUACUGGUGCAAAACUAAGUGAAGUCGACCACCUUUUUACAACAGGAUGUUAAAUACCAGCAGGAUCACAAAUUGUGGAUUCAGCAUUUACUUGUGAGUUCAUGGCCUGUUCAAUCUGAAGAAAUGGA